AUGUGCGAUCACAAUGAAACAAGAGUCACAGAGUUUAAUCUUCUCGGAUUUAAAGGCCUAUACAACUACAGAACUCUACUCUUCAUCGUUCUGCUUCUGAUUUACAUUGCCAUAGUUGCUGGAAACCUUUUAAUCGUCUUCUUGGUUUCAACCUAUGACAAUCUCAAAAUCCCAAUGUUCUUCCUUCUAAAAAACCUAGCUAUUGCUGACAUCCUCUUGACUACCUGUGUUGUGCCAUUAAUGUUAGAUAUUGUAUUAAAAAAAGAAGGGAAAAUAUCAGUCGGUGGUUGUAUUGUUCAGUUGUACCUCUUUGGUAUUUUUGGGUUUGUGCAAUGCUUCAUUAUUGCCAUAAUGUCUUAUGACCGUUAUGUGGCCAUAUCUAACCCUUUAGACUACAAUUUAAUUAUGAGCCCCAAUGUCUGCUUCCUUCUUGUUUUGGGGUCUUGGUUAUUGUUCGUCAGCCUUGUUUCAAGUGAAAUAUUCUUUAUAAGUCAAUUUCGGUUUUGCGGAUUGAAUAUCAUAGACCAUUUCUUCUGUGAUUUUGGUCCGGUAAUGAAAUUAUCCACCUCAGACACCUCUAUUGUUAUGAUGGAAGACUUCAUUAUCUCCAUCUUGAUAUUAUUUUUUCCUUUUGGGUUCGUUCUUGGGACAUACAUCUAUAUAUUCAACAUUAUCCUCAAAAUUCCAUCCACUAAUGGGAAAAGAAAGGCCUUCUCCACCUGCAGUUCUCACCUGACCACAGUAUGUGCUUAUUAUGGGACUCUGAUCACCGUUUACAUGAGUCCAACUGAUGACAACGCAUCUGAACUGAAUAGAUACAGGGCCUUGUUGUACAUUGUUGUAACCCCAUUGAUAAAUCCAAUUAUUUACAGCCUGAGGAACCAUGAGAUUAAACAAGCAUUGCAAAAAAUGUGGAAGAGUAUCGCUGAAGUCAAAUGGAGAUAG